GUAUGAUGUUAAUCAAUGCUAGUGAAAUUUCAUAUUAGGAUUACAUGGAACAAAUUAAUAGCUUCCUGAUAGGCUUUUUGUUUCCAGCUACAAACACAUGGAAAUGGUUUUCAUAAAAAUAUUACUUUUGUCGGCCAUAUUAAAGUUUGGAAAGGCGGAAGUAAGUAUUGUCAAGUACAUUGGAAGAUGUAAGGAAUAUCCUAACACACCUGCUGAGGUGAUCGAUGUGAAAAUAGAGAGAACCAAGAGAGAAACGUUUUUAUCACAUGCAUGGCUCGUGAAAAGACCUAUAGAUCGUUUUGCUAAGGUAGGAUAA